AUGUUUUCUGUCAUUGUCACAAUUAUACAUCUGUUGACAACUCUAAUUUCUAUCAUUUAUGUUAGUAAAGGAUUAAAGAAAUUUAAUUCUCCUUUAUAUAAGAAUAUAGAUAUCCCUGAAAGAUUUAAGCCAUUCAGAAGGACAGAUAGAGAUAAUUGGAAUAGAUAUGAAAUGUACCUGUGCAGUAUCAUUUUAUUCCCAUUGAGAUUGCUAAUGAGCUUUGUAAUAUUGAUAUCUUUCAUUAUUACAAUGUUUGUAGCUACCAUUGGUUUUAAACUGAAAAAUCCUUGGCCAGAAUCUAAAUUGAAAGCUUUUAAACCAAUACUAUAAUUCCUUGGAAAGGCAUAUCUUUGGGCUAAUGGAUUUAUUUAUAUAAAGGAAAAAACUUUAAGAUUUGAAGAUUUUAUUCCUGGUUACUAGAGAACAGAAUUAAGUAAAGGAUAACCUUCGAUUAUUAUUUCAAAUCAUUCUAGUUGGUAUGAUACCAUUACUUAUGUUUAUAAAUAUUUGCCAUCAUAUAUGUCGAAAGUGUCAGUCAGCAAAUACCCAUUAUUUGGAUGGAUAACAACAUCAUUAAAGUCAAUUUAUGUUGAUAGAGAAAGUGAAUAAAGUCGACAUCAAUGUGUUGCAGAUCUAUCUGAAAGAGUCAGAUAGAUUAAUUAAGGCGAAUUGUUUCCACCUGUAAUCAUAUUUCCAGAAGGCACGACUACUAAUGGAGAGUGUUUAAUUCCCUUUAAAAGAGGAGCAUUUGAUCCAUUAUUGCCUUUGAAAAUCUGCUGUCUCAAGUAUUCUAAGAGAAGAUUUCAUCCAGUUAUGGACGUUAUAGGAAUUGGUUACAUGACACUUUUUUCUUUGAAUCAACUUGCUAAUGAAGUAGAAAUAAUUGAAUUCGAAGGUCUAUUCGAUCCUACCUAUCUUAAUUUACAAUAAUAUCCAGAAGACAAAAGAUGGGAGAUAUAUGCAAAUGCAUGCAGGGAACUUAUGGCCAAAGCUCUUGGUAUCAGGUUGAUUGAAGCUACUUAUAGAGAUGGAGUAGAAUAUCAAAAUAAAUAUCUCAAAGGUAAAUUAAAAUAAGAAUGA